GUUUUAAAUUUGACCAGAUGAAUACAUUUCAGUGAAUGUGACACAUUAUGUACUAUUUCUAUGUACAAUGGUUAUAGGUUGCUUUAAUUCAUUAACAUGUUAACUAAUUGUAUUGUUGGUGUUGGUCCGUUACGGGCUGGAUGGACCUGGGCGGCUGGCCUCAGUGUUUACAAAACCCUGGCUCCGGCCCUGCUCCUGACCACCAGCUACCUGGCUCUGUAUCCCAACACACUCGGUGCCAGCUGGGCUGCCUGCUGGAUCUCCCUCAUUGACGACAAACAAAUUAAAUCACAGUCCAUUCGGUGCGGUUAAUCCAGUUCCGUGUCUUUAGCCCGGGCGCUGUGGACUGUGUGACAGUUCAAUCCGACUGGAACGCCUCCUCCUGGAUUUCCUGCCCGCUCCCGCUGCUGCUGGUCGGCUACAUUGUAUCAGUUCCCACACGGAGAAGCACCACGGCGCUCAUCCACGGACGGUGAACACGGAGGAAUUAACCUGGAUGGAGAGAUAUUCACUGGGGGAUUAAUUGCCAGUAGGUUGCGGGAGUGGACUAGACUUGUGUCGGGCUUGAGGCGGCACCGAUAAAAUGCCCUCCGGACUCGGCUGCUCUCGGUGUGGACGGUAUCUCGAAGUGUGAUGGCAGAAGUCCAGUGAAUCGCUGGCCUCCCCUCCUCUCUUGUGUUGGGUGUCUUGGGGAGUGCUCUGCCACUGCUUUCUGUUGCUUCACAUCUAUAGAGCGUUUUACUCUUAUUCAGAGCCAAUUACUCCGAAUUGUUUUGAUUUCUUUCUAUGGAGUGCCCCCCACCAUGGACAGAGAUGGGUUUGGAAUAGGAGUGGCUAGCUAAGUCGGCACUAUAAAAGAAGAUUGACGAUGUCAGGCAAAAGGAAAGCACACAGGCAUGUAGCAGAGUAGAUGUAGAUGGAUAACUGAAGGACAAAAUGUGGAUAAAUGGGACAGGAACGAGUAGAACGUGAGGAUUCUCUAACCCUUGCCCCCAAGUCCCAACCGUCUGAGAGGGUGUCAGACCUCACUGAGGCAAACCUGGGCCGUUGGCACUAAAAUGUCCCUAAGUGGUGGCACUGCAGGCGGGAAAGGUGUGGACUCUAAUGCGGUGGACACUUACGACAGCGGGGAUGAGUGGGAUAUUGGUGUUGGAAAUCUGAUUAUUGACCUUGACGCUGACUUAGAGAAGGACAAACUUGAGAUGUCUGGCACCAAGGACGGUAUGGCGGCACCACCCAGUGCAGUGGCAGCAUUGCCUGACAACAUCAGGUUUGUUAGUCCAGUGUCUGGCUCUCAAGGCAAGGAAAGCAAAUCCAAAUACAAGCGCAGCAAGAACUCUAAAGACAAUAGUAGCAAAGCUUCAGCAGGAGAUGGGGGUAAAAAAGAAACUACAGGGCGGACUCAAGGGGAGCCAACAGGCACAGCAGCCAAUGCAGGAGCUGCUGGCAACAAUUCCACCUCUGGGAAGAACAUGGAAAAAGGGGGCAAAGCCUCCAGAGGUGUUCUGAGUGGCAAAAAAGAGAAAGAAGGGGCUAGUGGGAAAAAUAAGAAGGACAAAACAGAUGGAGCCCCAGUCGUGGCAAUAGCUGCUGCGGAGAAGGAUGUUGUGUCUCAAGCCCAAGUUGCUUUGGGGAAUAGUCGUAAUGCGUCCUUUGAGAACACACAAUCGACAGACUUGGCAGAAGCCAAUCAAAUGGGGAAUAUUGCACUUGAACCUGUUGGGAUAGUACCAGCAUUGACCGCAAAAACUGAACCAGAGGAGGUAGAAAAUGGGAAUAGUGAAUGCAAGACACUAAAGAAGGUGAAAAAUGAAAAGAUGGAAUCUCCUGUCUCCACGCCAGCACCUCCUCCCCUCCACCUCCUGGCCACAGUAGGCAACAGUGAGAUUUCCUCGCCGUGUGAGCAGAUAAUGGUGCGCACACGCUCAGUGGCUGUGAACACAUCCGAUGUGGCCCUGGCUACUGAACCUGAGUGCUUGGGGCCCUGCGAACCUGGUACCAGUGUCAAUCUGGAAGGCAUUGUGUGGCAGGAAACCGAAGACGGCAUGCUGGUGGUCAAUGUUACUUGGAGAAACAAGACAUAUGUGGGCACCCUGUUGGACUGUACACGGCAUGACUGGGCACCCCCCAGGUUUUGUGAAUCCCCUACAAGUGAUCUAGAGAUGAGGAAUGGCCGUGGUCGAGGUAAGCGAAUGAGACCGAAUAGUAACACCCCGAUCAAUGAGAACAGCAACUCAUCGGACAGCAAGGGCACCGCCAACAACAAGACGCGUGCUGCCUCUAACAGCAAAGGCCGGAGGGGCAGCCAGACUCCAUCAGAGCGCCGCACCCCACCCAACAGCAACACAGAAGACAUCAAGGCCAGUCCCUCCUCAGCUGGAAAACGCAAGACCAAACCAGCCUCAGACAUGGAACCCAAUUCCAGCUCAGAGGACACCAAAGGCAACAAACGUAUGAGGACAAACUCCAACAGUGGAGGGGUGGGAACGGGUCUCCCCAUCCCUUCCAUUAAGACAGAGCCACUUCCACCUCCCCUCGAUCGUACCUGCCCCUCUCCAGUUCUCAUUGACUGCCCACAUCCUAACUGCAACAAGAAGUACAAGCACAUCAAUGGUCUCAAGUACCACCAAGCCCGCGCCCACAAUGAUGAUGAUAUUAAGUUGGAAUUAGAUGCAGACAGUGAGUAUGGAGAGGACUCAACUCUCCACCCUGAACCGGGGAACUGUAAUGGAGCCUCUAUCUCUCAGAAAGGAUGCUCAUCUCCAGCACGUUCAGUUACUCCAAAAGGCAGGAACUUUGAUGCUCAGAGUCCUUCUCCAUCGCCUGGCAAGUUUGGUACAAAGCAGAGUAAAAAGAAAGCUGCUGAGGCAGAACCAGAAAUGGGAGGUACACCAACAGAUGGGUGUGAAGAUGGGCUUUGCCUCACUGAUGAGGCCAGUAAUGAUGGUAUUGAUGAUAAGAGAGGAUCAGACAAGACCAAAAAGGGUAAUUCAAAGGCUGAUAAAAUGGCCCAGAAAAACAUGAAGUCACCCCGGCCACUUGGUCCUUCUUCUACAGCAACCCAGCAGAUAUACUCUUUUCCUCCUGGAAACCCGAAUUCUUCCCCAGGGCUUACCCCAAUGAUACAAGGAAUCCCCAAGAGUCCCCAAAUGAAAGGUACACAGCCUAAGCCACCUGCAAUUGGAGAUCCUGCCUCAAGUAGCUCCAAGGACAAGAAGAAGAAAGACAAGAAGAAAAAAGAUGGCGGGAAGGACGCUGACAGCCCCAAGCCUCCAGGAAAGGGAGGUAAAUUGGAGGAAGGGAAGCUUCCAUACCCUGAACCCCCUGAUCAGGGAAAUAAGGGGGAAGGACUUCUGAAUGGUUCCUCUGAUCCUCAUCAGAGUCGCUUGGCCAGUAUGAAGGCUGAGGCUGACAAAAUUUACAGCUUUUCUGACAAUGCCCCUAGCCCAUCCAUUGGUGUAGCCAGUCGGAUAGAUGGCACCGGAAUGCCACAACCUCUCACACCACUUCACGCGGUGAACCAGAAUGGUGCUGACAACUCUUCAGUUAAAACCAAUAGCCCAGCAUAUUCAGACAUUUCAGAUGCUGGUGAGGAUGGUGAAGCAAAACUAGAAGGUGGCAAAGUCAGGACAGAGGACCAAGCCAUCAGGGAAAGUGUCAAAAAAGCACUCUUUCCAAACCAGACACCUAGUAAAGAUUCCCCAUACUAUCAUGGCUAUGAGAGUUAUUACUCACCCAAUUACGUCAACCCCAGUCCUAGUGGGCCCACUCCCGGCACGCCAGGGGCUGAAGGUCAGGUAAAGGUCAAAAAGGAGGAUGACCAGGACCAAGGUGAGGAUAAAAUCAAGGUUGAGGUUCAUGAAGACCGCAAACCUGACAGUGGUGUUCCUGGCCAGCAGCAACAACAGCAACCCUCUGUCAUUCAACAGCGAUCCAACAUGUACAUGCAACCUCUUUAUUACAACCAGUAUGCUUAUGUCCCACCAUAUGCAUACCAUCCUGAUCAAGCCUACCAUAACCACUUGAUGAACACCAACCAAGCAUACCGGCAACAGUACGAGGAGCGGCAGCGUCAGAUGGCUGAACAGCAUCGCGCUGCUGAGAAGAAGUCGGACGUAGCCAUAAAAGAAAGAGAGGCCUCCAUGAAGGAGGAGUGGAAACAAAAGAGCCCAAUGCCACCAAGCCUCUCCAAAGCCCCAAGUCAGUCAGACCUUGGAAAGACGCCGCAGCCCCCAGGCAAAUCCAGGGACUCGCCCUCUGAGCCCUCCUCAAAAUCUUUGGGAAGCAUAAAGGUGGAGGACCCAAAGUCCCAGCAAGCUGAGGGGCUGAAGAUGAAGCUGACUGAGGGGGGCCACCAUGGAAAGGAAGAAUCCAAGCAAGCACUGGAGUCCCGAGGUCAGGCAGGGAUGGAGCAGGCCAUGUGGUACAGACAGCAGUACCCUGAGACUCAGAAGUCCCAAGCAGAAGAUGAACACCAGCAACAACAACCUCGAUGGAAAGAUGAAAGGGACAGGGAGAGGGAACGUGAUCGUAAAUUAAAGGAAGAGAGGCCCAGGCCCAAGGACAGUCACAGUGGGCCCAAGGAGGAUAGCAAGGAGGGUAGUGAUCCCAGAAUCACUUCUGAGGACCACCGGGCCAUGAGCAAAGACUCUCGAUCUAAUCCUCACAUGCAGUUCUCAUCACCACUAGCACAGCACCAAGGUUACAUGCCCUACAUGCAUGGUUACCCCUAUGGACAAGGCUAUGACCCCAACCACCCUGGAUACAGGGGCAUGCCUUCAGUCAUGAUGCAGAAUUACCCAGGUUCGUAUCUGCCUGCAGGCUACCCUUUUUCUCCAUAUGGCGGUAAAGUAGCCGGAGGUGAAGAAGGCAGUGACAAAUCUCGCGCUAGCCCAACUGUCACCAAAACCGCAACGGACUCCAAAGCCCUGGACAUCCUGCAUCAGCACGCCAGUCAAUACAAGAGCAAAUCCCCGACAGUCGGCGACAAACCCCAUGACAGGGAGCGCGAGCAGGACAGAGGAGCCGGUGGAGACCGAGAUCGGGAAAGGGAGCGCGAGAGGGAAAGAGAACGAGACGUGGACCGACCACGAUCCUCGCCCUCCCAACGCAUCAUGCCCUCUCACCACCACCUGGGAUACCCCCUGCUCUCAGGACAGUAUGACCUGUCCUACGCCACAGGUCUCUCCUCAUCUGCUAUUGUUGCCAGCCAACAAGCAGCAACCCCCUCCCUCUACCCACCACCUCGGAGGUGAGAACGGGAAACCUGACCGUCACACCUCAACCCUGCAAAGAUUCAUGUGACUGGCUCACAUGAGAAGAGAAUCUCCCGGGUGUUACCUUUUAGACAUCAGUUGAAUGGUGUUUCUAUCUCUAUUUUUAGUUCUUCUGCCCCGAGACGAGGCAGAUUGUCUUUUUGUUUUUGUUUUUCCUUCCUCCUCCCCUCGUAAAUGACCCCAAAAUUUCCAGACCUUGGACUGUAACAGGACUGAUAAUAACCCAGGUUCAAAGCCAUCACUCUGCCUCGUCACGCAGAGGAAACACCAACCCGCUGAUUAUCUAGUCUUUGCACUGUCAACAAAUACAAUGCAAAAAGAGACUAUUGGACUGCCAGAACAGCUUUUCUCUCGUUGUCUUUCUUUUUGACUGCAUUGUUUUUUUGUCACAUGCAGAAAGAAAUUGGCAGGGGGAUGAUGGGUGGCUGAUGGGAAAGGGGGAGUCAAACUAAAUUAAAGACUGAAAAAAAAGAUCAUAUUGAGAUGAUUUACGUCUUUGGCUUAUGGAAUGCCGUGAAACAACAGUAUAUCCUUAACUUGAGAAUGGUUUGGCUAUAUUUCGUGGGGAGAGGGAAUAUGGCAACAGCUGCUUUCUUCAGAGACUUAAGAGCCUGAGACUGAAGUUUUUUGUUUUUCAUUUUCCAUCAUCAUUGUUGUUUCCCAUCCCCCUCCUCGCUCAGUUCUUGUUUCAGGGAUGAUGUUGUCAUGUUUUGCGAAGGGACCGCUCACACCUCAAUGGAGAAUAAACACUAUUCAUGUUUUCUUUUCUCAGUAGAUUUCAAUAUCAUUGUGUUCAUCCUUGAAUGUGUCUGACGCUGGUAUUAGUCCUGUUUUUCUCACAAUGAAACACUCAUUUUAAAACGGUGAAGCCACAUCAGCAAGCGAUGAGUUCACGGGGCAUUGUCAUCACCACGUGUGAGGGUUUUUGGUGUUUUACUGUAAGAUUGUGCUUCAUUCAGCUCGUCAAGUUUGAUUCUGCAAACAAUGUGAAAUCUCACUCAACUCGUGUAUUUUUCUGCUGUAAAAUACUUCUCAGCCAACUCGUAUGUGCAUAAAUGUUUAUAUUUAUCCCAGCACGCAACUGUCCGAAAACUGUUAAAUAGCUCUCAGCCUUCACAGCGUUGGAACAUCAUGUGCUCAGAUCUCACUGUGCUUCUUCCCUGCACAGCUUUGGUUUUCUUGCUGCAGGUUGUUUUUAUUUCAUUCUCUUGACCAUGACGUGAUGACACAUCACAAACAUGGUGCACGGUUCCAUUCAUCCUAACAUGCAGGGGAGGCACUACAGGUGAACAGGGUCAGACAUUAUGGAACUUCCAGAGUUAGACGAUUAGUUUUUAUAUUACAAGUUUCCUAAAAUGUUAUGUUUAAAUAUGCAAAGUGUGCAUUACCUAAUUAAACUUUUGUUUACAUUUCCAGAACAGAAAUCUAACCUGAAAUAAACUGUUAAUGGAUUUUGGACGUUUGUUUCUGCUUCUCUGAAAGAAGAUGUGUGAUGGAAGCAAGAUGGGCCAAAAUCCCAGUUGACCAGUGCAUGUUUUCACCUUUUCUGUCUCCUCUGAAAGGAUAAAAGUGAAAAGUCAUUAUCUACUGAUCUAAUGUUGGGUGGAGUUUUCGUCGUCCCAAAAAAUGUCUGGAGCUUCACAGCAGCUGGUCCAGUGUAAACCAGGUCUCUGAAAGAACCGACAUCCCAAAUUGAUUUGAACGAUGUUUUUCCAUUGUUUAUAAAGCUGCAGUGUCCUCUGUAGCUGCUAAGCUAAAGCUUUAGAAUGAACCCCGUCUGAAAUGAGAGUAGGAGCUCCAACGUGCAUCAGGAGUGUAAACAACAUCUUCUGAAAUCACUUCGGGAUCUCCAGGCUUUUGGAGACUUGGAUUAUGUUGGAUGAGCUGUUUGGAGCCAUUUCAUGUUAACUGAGCGGUUUAUGUAACAUUUAAAAAGAAGUCUCCAUCUACUGCAGUUGUGUAGGGGAGCAUUGCAAAGCUGUUUUACUGUGAAGCUCUAAAACUGUAUUUUGUGGACUAUGAAACUUGCAUACUUACUUUUCCAUCGGCAUGAGGGUGAGUAGAUAAUGACUGAAUCUUCUUUUUGGAUGAACUUUCAGACUGGUUCCAGACCUCUGGAUCUCUGUCCACAUCUCAGAUCUUUCAGUGGCAACUCAAAACGGGAAACUCAACCGUGAAUUAGUGUGAUUUUUAGGUGAAACAUCUCUUGGUGCUGCGCUUGCUCCUGUGGCUUCACCAUAAAACAUUUUCACCUGCACAGUUGUUGGCACGGUCGUCUGACCAGCUGCAAGCUUUGGAUCAAACUGGACUAGUAAGACCUCAGACACCAGUUUGCUUUGUUCAGUUGCUGCCGGUGCUGUGAGCUCAACUACUGAAACAACCCGAAACAUCUUUCAGCUGUUACAGUUAUCGAUGAGCCAAUCAGAUGCAGACAAUGAGCUAACAUGGAGUGAAACUGGACCCUGGUCAUGCACACAUGAGUCACGUUGGCUUAAAAAGAAGCACUUUGCUGGAGGCUUUCCUCCAGACGUCAAACUGCAAAUUCAGACAAGUCUGGUUAACUUAAAAUUGACACAGCGUUGUAGCAGAGGGACCCUCUUGGCUUUAAAUUACAGCCCUCCCAUACCUCAGGGGUUGUAAGUGAAAUUCUAUCCAGAUGCUGUUUGCAUUGAUUUCAGAGGGCUUCUGUUUCUGGGUGUGAAAAAGCACACUGCUGCUCAGAGCUGCAGUGGUUCAUUCAGAAUGGCAGAUUGGCUCAGGAGAGGGAGUUAUUAAAGGUUUUAUGCCACACCGUCUUUAUGUUCAUAGAAUAUUGACCAUGAUGUCAUUAACUGUAUUGAUUUUGGUUUUACAAUCACUUUUAAUGUUCCCAUUGUUGUAGUUUUUUUCUCACUGAAUUCUGUAUAUGUCCAAGUCCAUGAGCCAUCAGUUAAUUUCAUGUCUGGUGCCCUCUGACGUCGGACGUCUUGUCGAGACUCACGUUUGCGAAACUGCAGCUCUUCAUUUUGAGGUUCUCGGACAUUCCCAGUAAAUAAGUUGCCAGUUUCUCGUCCCACUGAAGUUCACAGAACGGUUUAUCUUUUGACUUUUUGCGCAUUUUAAAGAAGAAUGGCUGAAAUGAAUAAGCUGAAUGUGGUGGUGUUUGACUUGUACUUAAUCUGUAAGGGUAAUCUAGGCAGCUGUGAUGUUGUCAUUAAAGUCAGUGGGUUUUAGUACCAGCAGACUGCAUACAGUACAUAUAGUUUUAUCAGACAAUGGUUGUGACAAGUGCAUUUGUUCUUCUCUCUCUUGAGAGUAGUAAUGUUAUCUCAGUAGUAAGCAAAGCCCAGUGAAAAUCAUAUAUACUAAAGUGUAUAAAAAGCCAGAAAAGUAAUGUUUGCUAUCAACAUAUUGGAAAGUGCUUGGCUCAUGUAUUUUGCAGGACUGUAUUUGUUUCAUGGUGAAGAGUAUAUUUAUUGGCCAGCAGUUGUCUCAAUUGGUGCCUAGUUGAAAACAUGGAGACACUUGCUCGUUUGUCUUUUCCUGACCCACCUACUGUCACACAAACCUCCCUUCCCCUCACCUCCCCUAAAAGGAGUACCGGUUCUGGUGCUUGCAAGGAUGUUUACAAUGUCUUCAUUUUCUUUCUGUGUGAGAAAAUUCAGAACUCUUCGCCCUCUCCUUUCUCCCGCCCUUCAGGAGUUUGUGUAAAGUGUACAUUACCAUGGUUCUUUUUUAUACAAUACUCUGUAACUUGCCUUUGUAAAUUUGGGCUGGAAAAAAUAAAUCUUUUUAUGAGACAAUCUG